AUGAACAACAUGGAAUCACUUCUGAGGAAGCGGACAGCCAUCGAAGGAAGGCUCAGGCGAGCAGAGCAGCGCAUCGAGGCCCUCAAUCCUGAGGGAACUGCCCUGGAGCACCUGAAAGCGGAGCUCGAAUGCCUCCAAGACCUCUUGGUGGAUUUUCGUGCAAUUCAAAACCACAUUCUCGACCAAUGCAUUGCCGUUGACGACAUCGAGGAGCAUUUGGAUGAGGAGGAAUCAAUCAUCAAGCGAUUCAACGCGUCGAAAGCGAAGUUGAACGGCGGAAUCUCCAAGCUUCUAGCACCAAUGGAGCAACCGAAGGACACGAAGCAGGAAGACAGCGGAAGCAACGAUGCCGAAUCAUUUGGAACCGAAGAGGAAGGCCGAGACUCAUCGAUACUAGCUCCGGAAGCACCAGCAGUCGGUGCGAAUUUCAUCCAGGAGAGCUCGGAUGGUGGAGGCGCAACCCAAAUCCGGUCCCAUGUACGGCUCACUGCUCCGGAGCUUCACUUGCCGAAAGGGAUACUACCAACUUUCACCGGCGAAUACAGUGAAUGGUCGUCGUUUUUCGAUUUGUUUCUCAGCGCAGUCGACAAAAACGAGAAUUUGUCGAAGGCACAGAAGCUGUUCUACCUCAAGACGUAUACAUCGGGUAAGGCAGCAGCAGUUAUUAAGCAUGUCAGGGUGGAAGAUAGCGCUUAUGAUGGCGCUCUCGAAGCUCUAAAAAGACGGUUCGAUCGAAAGGAUCUUAUCGUCGCUCACCACGUUCAGCGAUUCAUUGAAAUUCCGUCGUUUACAGUAGCAACCGGCCUCUUGCUCCGGAGACUGCACGACACAGCGGAUGAUGUAACUCGAGCCUUAGCAGCCCUUCGACGGGAGGAACGGGAUUGUUGGUUGAUCCACCUCUUACUAAUGAAGGUGGAUGUCGAAACGCGCCAACAUUGGAUCGACCGGACAGCCAUCUUUGAAUUCCCAGCCAGUGUGGAAGAAUUUCUUGGAUUCAUCGACCAGCGUGCCUACGCGCUCGAGACUGCGCAUAACUCUUCGUUUCGAUCGGGAGGUGCUCCGCAUCGUCCAUCGGGAAAUCCUCCGCAUCGUCCAUCGUCCGGAAGAUUUGAUCGCAGUCAGCAGCGAAGCCAAAGCUUCAUCAGCACGGGCAUAGGCGCCAGUGCGAAGUGCAACGUAUGUCAACAAAAACCCCACUAUCUACUGUUUUGUCAGAAGUUCAGAUCGAUGUCGUCUGCUGAACGCUUACAAACAGUACAUCGUAUGGAUCUCUGCACCAACUGUCUGCGCGUUAAGCAUGGUGUAGCAACUUGCGAUGCCGGAAGGUGCAGGAAGUGCAACGAAGCUCAUCACACAUUGCUCCAUGAUAGCCUGGUUCCAGCGCAGGUACAUCUGUCAUUUGGAACGGUGAACCAUGUAGCUUCGGAUUCGUUUUCGUCUGUUUUUCUGGCCACGGCUAUCAUCUGGGUGACUAGUGCAUCAGGUGAACGUAUUUCGGCACGAGCUCUUCUUGAUUCGGGAUCUCAAGCAUCCUUUGUCACCACCAAGCUUGUUGAGCAACUACAGCCCGAGACACACCGUAUCGACAUACCGUUGAAGGGAAUAUCGGGAAUGUCAACCAAAUUGAGGAAAGCAGCGUUCGUAAACAUCGGAUCUAGGCAUUCCAACCUGCAGAUGACUCUGGAGUGUGCCAUUCUGGACAAGAUCUCCGAUCAGUUACCCCAUCGUCAGUUCGACAUCGACAGUUGGAAGUUGAAUACCAGCAUACCAUUGGCAGACGAGCAUUUCAACAAACCAGCCUCUAUUGACCUGCUCAUCGGUGCCGGGGUGUUUUAUCAGCUUUUGGAAGGCGGGCGCAUUUCGUUGGGUCCAAGCAAGCCAGUGUUGCAGCAGACAGUUCUAGGUUGGGUCGUCGCAGGAGAAUGCCGCACCGAAGCUGCCAGCAACAAGCCCUCGUUGUGUCUCAUGACUUCUCUGUCUGAUGACGAAGCAGAACCUGAACCAACAGUGAACCAACUUGUCUCUCGAUUCUGGGAACUGGAAACCCUCGUGCCGCAGCGCCACCUCUCAGUGGAAGAGCGGUUGUGUGAGGACCACUACAGACAGCACACCACCAGGGACCAUACUGGGCGGUACGUCGUAAAACUCCCGUUCAAGCGAGAUCCAGUCGAGAUUGCGGAGACCGGGUACCAGGCAUUAAAGCAGUUUGAUCUUCUGAAAAAACGGCUGAACAAGGAUCCAGAACGUCAGAAGAUGUACGAAGAAUACAUCAACAAUUUUAUCAUAGCGGGUCACAUAAGCAGAGCAGAGCCAUCUACGAAACAGCAACGCACGAUAUUCCUGCCUCACCAUUGCGUGCUGAAGGAGGACAGAACUACGACGAAACUUCGAGUGGUUUUCAACGGGUCGAUGAAAUCCAGCAACGGAGUGACGCUCAACGACUUGCUGAUGACAGGGCCGGUCGUGCAGAAGUCUCUUUACUGCAUUCUUCUCAAUUUCCGAACCCAUCGAGUUGCAUUAACCGGAGAUAUCGAGAAAAUGUAUCUGCAGGUUAGAGUGUCACCAGAGGAUAGCGAUCGGAUUCGUAUGAUCUGGCAAGAGCCGGGUCGAAAGGUGGCUGAGUACCGGAUGAACACAGUCACGUUUGGUUUAGCAUGCGCACCUUUUCUGGCAACACGCACCCUUAAACAACUUUUCAUCGAUGAGGGCAACGAGUUUCCGAUAGCGAAGGAAUCGGAAAAUGACAUCUACGUCGACGACUGCUUGACCGGUGCUGACACCGUCGAGGAAGCCAUCGAGAAACGGAUGCAACUGACUAGACUCCUACAGAAAGGAUUUCCCAUUCGCAAGUGGGCCUCAAAUGAAUCUUCAGUGCUGCGAGCUGUUCCACCCAACGACCGAGCAAGUGAGUUGGCCUUAGACCUCGAACCCGACCCAACAAUCAAGACGCUUGGGCUAAAAUGGCAGUGUCGCAGUGAUUUGUUCGUGUUUGUGGCGAAUUGUGAUCCCUUCCAAGCCGUAUUCACCAAACGACAAGUGCUCUCAACGAUAGCGAAGAUAUUUGAUCCUCUAGGAUUGAUCGGACCCGUCGUAACUAUUGCAAAGGUCUUCAUGCAGGAGAUAUGGAAGAUUGCCAGUGACUGGUCAGACCCGCUACCGGCCUCUUUCAACCAACGAUGGAGGACGUACCUGACCCAUCUACGAGAAGUCUGGAGAAUUAAGGUGCCUAGGAGAAGCAUCUCGAUCGACAAACCCACACGCAUCUAUCUACACGGUUUCUGUGACGCGUCGGAGCUCGCAUAUGGGGCGGUAAUCUACUUACGCGCCAUUGACAAGUAUGGUAACACCAGUUCGCGCCUUCUGUGCUCGAAGUCAAAGGUUUGUCCGAUCAAUCGCCCAACGAUUCCUCGCAGCGAAUUGUGCGCUGCCGCACUAUUAGCAGAAUUGAUAAAGACGGUCAAGCAGAAUCUUCGCCUAGAGAUCAACCAAACCUUAGCCUUCAGUGAUUCGAUGACGACUUUAGCGUGGAUAGCGGGUGACCCAUCAAGAUGGAAGACGUUCGUAGCAAAUCGCGUGGUGCAGAUCAACGAGAUUCUUCCUGCAAUCAACUGGAGGCACGUACGCACCCAUCAGAAUCCAGCCGAUCUCUUAAGUCGAGGUGCAGCUCCCGUGUCACUUGCUGAAAAUCAUCUGUGGUGGUCGGGUCCGGACUGGGAACCUGAAAGUUUACGAGAGCCGCAAGAAGUUCAUCUUGCGCCAAAGGAGAAGGAGGCGAUGGACAACGAGAAGCGCAGGUCAGCAGAGGUGGCUUCUUACUACAUGGUAGCUAGCGAUCUUCUAGAUGACAUCAUAGCGAGGUAUUCAUCUUAUCGAACUAUGGUCAGAGUUACAUCCUGGAUGAUCCGUUUCGUCGUCAACAUUCAACUCCCCCGAGAACACCGAAACACAGGUCCUUUAUCAGUGGGUGACUAUGAGGCAGGUGAAAGAAUGCUCGUCCGAUAUUCACAACAUCAGGCGUUCGACGCUGAAAUCACGGCACUUCAACAAGGCGAACCCUUGCCGCAUAAGAGUAAACUGUGGCCAUUAACACCAUUUCUGGAUGGUGGACUCCUCAGGGUGGGCGGCAGGUUGGCGAGGGCGGAUAUGAUCUACGAGUCGAAACACCCUUGGAUCCUACCCGCAGGUUGUCGUUUAGCGAAGGUUUUGUUUCAUCAAGAACACGUGAAGAAUCAUCACAUCGGAGCACAAGCACUACUGGCGUUCACUCGGCGACGAUUUUGGGUUCCAAACGGAAGGAAUUUGGCACGCAAUACUGUUUGGAGCUGCAUUCCGUGCUAUCGAAAGAGCCCAGAGCGUGGUUUGACUCAGCCAAUCAUGGGACAGCUUCCACCAGAACGAGUGAAUCAGGCCCCCCCAUUUUUCAACAGCGGAGUCGAUUACGGUGGCCCCAUCACAUUGGUCGAUCGUCGCGGCAGAGGCGCAACAUCAACGAAAGGGUACAUCGCUAUAUUUGUAUGCUACGCAACAAGAGCCGUUCACAUCGAAGCGGUUACGAAACUCACAACUACCGCGUGUCUCGCAGCGUUGAGGCGUUUCAUCGGGCGUAGAGGAGCAGUUGGACAUCUCUAUAGCGACAAUGGUACAAAUUUCCAAGGAGCAUCGCGAGAAAUGCGGGCAUGGUACAAAAAAAUCCAAUCGGAUGAUCACAAUCAGCGAGUCGCUAAUUUCCUGUCGGCUGGAGGCACACAGUGGCAUUUCAACGUUCCCGGAGUCCCUCAUCUAGGCGGCCUGUGGGAAGCGGCGAUAAAAACCGCAAAACACCACCUCAACAUCGUGACCGGAAACGCGCGCUUAACCUUCGAAGAAUUUACCACUUUGUUGAUCGAAAUUGAGGCAAUCAUGAACUCAAGACCAAUUUCUCCAUGCUCAAAUGAUCCAAACGAUCUUCAAGCCUUGACACCGGGUCAUUUGCUGAUUGGACGACCCAUCAAGGAGCAGAAUGAAAACGGAAAUUAUCUUCCCAAUCCAGAUGUCCCCUACGACUUAAGAUUCCGGUACAUAAUGGAGCUGAAGAACCAUUUCUGGGAACGUUGGCACAGGGAAUAUAUUCCCGAACUCCAAAUCAAAGGAAAAUGGCAAAAACCUUCGAACGAGAUUAUUCCCGGGGAUCUAGUUCUCAUCAGAUCCAAAAAUUUACUUUCAACCCAGUGGAGAUUAGGUCGGGUGCUGAAGUUGCACGAUAGUCCGGAUGGUCAUCCCAGGUUAGCAACAGUAAGGGUCCAGUCCGGAGAAAUAACUCAAACCAUACACAACAUAAGUAAGCUUCCAACAACCGAACGGGAAAAUUCAUGA